AUGCGUCGAGCUGGGCAAAGCGCCGCUGAUACCCCGCUCCUACGAGUAUCUAGACCAGUCUCAGCAUGCUCAAGAUGUCGAGCCGCAAAAAUUAAGUGCGAUGGGAAAUUACCUGCGUGUACUGCGUGUGAGAAAUCUGGACGACUGAACGAAUGUUCCAGUGCAAAUGAUCAGUUCGCGAAGGGGAAGGAAAGGAGUUAUGUUGCUUCUCUUGAAUCACGAGUUGAAAAACUCGAGAAGCGCCUGGCAUACGCUCGGUUGAGGAAAGCUUCUGUUGCGAUGCAUGAUGUUGAUACACCAACGGAAUUUCCAGACCGAAAGGACUCUCUGGCUACCAUUAGAGCCGCGAUUCAUGGAAAAGCAGCUAGGAGGAGGGAGGCUGCUGAUGUGAAUGAAUUGGUCUCCGACUUUGGCUUCCUAUCUGUUCAUGCUACCACGCGCGAUUUUGAAUCAUCAACAACAAAUAUGACAUUCGCCAGACUCAUUCUUUCGGCGGCUAACCAUGACGAAUUGCCUGAAUCUGAUUUUCUACAAUUGCCACCAAGAUCUGUGGCGACAGCAUCGAUUCAAUAUUAUCUCGAUAACAUUUUCGCUCUAUAUCCAAUUGUCUCUGAGACAGCUCUUUUCAAUGCAUUGGAUAAAAUUUACCAGGGUGGCAGUCAGCCGGUGACUGACUUUGAGCAUUGGCUAUUCUACAUGGUCUUAGCCAUAUCAUCCACCGCUCAAUCCCGAAAUUAUUUAGAUUCCAAAUAUGAGGAGGGCGUUUCUUGGGCUGGCCGUGCUCUUGCCUACGCUGAUCAUGUUCUCAUGCCUGGCCAUGUCUCCCAAAUUCAGGCCUUGGUACUAUUUGUUCAGUAUGCAAUGCUGGAUCCAGCCCACUUUGACAGCUGGCAGUUGAUGGGGUUUGCUUGUCGGGCAGUUGUCGAUUUGGGAUUUCAUCAGGACCCGCCUAAAGAGCAACAACCAGACAAAAAAGCAUUAGAUAUGAGGAGGAGGAUAUUUUAUUGCGUCUACUCGCUCGAUCGAUCUAUCAGCAUGGUUCAUGCAAGAGCCUUUUCCUUCACGGACGACUCAUCUAGCGUUGAAUAUCCGUCUGUAUCACCCACGUUUCCUCCGAUGGGUCAGGCAGAUUCAAUAGUUGGCCCCCAUUCUAUGGAUUCCGCACAUCUGCUGUGGCAAUUACGACGCGCUCAGUCAAGUUGGUAUCAAGAGCUGUUUCAGUCCAGUCGAGAACCAUUGCCACAAGGCUCAACAUAUCUCUGGAAGAUGUGUCAAGAAAUGCGAGACUGGUCUAACUCCUUUCCCGAUUCACUCCCGCUUGCCUUCAAGGAUUUCUUUGACUUGGAAUUACUCUAUAGUUACGUUUAUUGUCUUGCCCCAUCAUGCCGAGUCCACGUAGUAUCAGAUUAUGCAAAGAAUUUGAUCUUCGACCACGCCAUAACAUAUAUGCAAAAGAUUUUUCCUAUCAGUCAAGAUCCUAUCAAUAAGGUAUUCUAUACCUAUCAUGAUGCUCUGCGAGUUUAUUUCAUUGGAAGUCAGUUAAUGGCGGUGCUAUCAGACAGUCAAGAUCAGAUAUUCAAUGGCUCAUACAACACUGUUGGAACGAGCUCUCCACCACCGUCUCUUCCGAUAGUCACUGGAUCUGAUCACACCGAUCAGAGCCUCAACUGUAUAAAUCACAUCAAGGAAACUUUGAGGACAUUUGGUCAAAGAUGGGAGGAUUCUAAGGCACUUCUGUCGAGUUUCGACACUCGAGCCGAACCGAUCAUCGCAAGCCUGCACGGGAGAAAACAGCAGCAGCAACAAUAUGUCAAAGAAGAGUCUCCCAUUGAUCACAGCCCGAAUUAUAUGCCACCACCUGGCUACGAUCAUAGAACUUAUCAAAUGAAGCAUGAGUGGCAAAAUAUGAACCCAACAUAUCCGGACGCCUCAGGAUUUGGCGGAGCCGGUCAUGGAGCUGGAGCGCCCGGCUUGUAG